AAUUGAGAUUCAUUAAAAUGAAAUUAUCUAUCAUUGGUAUAAUUUGCAUUUUCAGUUUGCUCAUUUCACAAGAAUAUGGUUAUACGAUUGAUGUCAAUAUGAGUGAUUUAAAACAAAAACAAUAUGUAAGAGCCAAACUUGAUUCAUUGAAUCAAUAUUUACAGUCAAGGGGAAUUAACAAACAAUUCACCGAAGACGAAUUCUACAAAAUCAUAUAUGAUAGAUUAAACAAUCAUAUUGAAAACGAAAAAGGCGAUGUCCGCAUAAUUGAAAAAGAUGUCCCCAAACGUCCAGUGCCAAAUAUAAAUGAUAACCAACCUAUUCAGAAGCCUAUAGAUAAUGAGACGUCAGACGAAUUUCAUUCCAUAUCAGAUAUUUUCUUCUUCAAUAAGCCAUGGGUUCCUUUAUGGAUUGUAAAUCCUCUAUACUACAUGACCGAGAAGUUCAUGCAAAUUAUGGCAUUUUUACUAGAAGACGAUAAUAUUAGAGAAGUCCAAAUGCCAACAUACUAUUACGAUACAUCAAUAUGAGAAUGUGUUUCUUGCAGUAUAGUUAAUUCAACACGUAACUAAUAACUUAUAUAAUUGCCAUAACAUAAUUUUAGUUUUAACAUUUGCAUAAAAUUAUGAAUAAAAAAACAACUUAACAUAC